CUGUUUACCGCGCGGCGGCGCCGCACACUUGCGGGAUUUCCGCGCCGGAGCCGCGGCGUCCGCCCGCCUGCCCUUAAAGGGCCCGCACCCCCGGAAAGCGCCCCUUCCCCGUCCCCCAGCCUCAGCCUCUGCUCCCCGCGAGCCCCCUCGUCGCCCACCCCUCUCUCUCCCUCCCCUUUCCCGGCGUCUCCAGGCUCCCGGCAACCGGCGCCCCUCGUUUUCCCCGCCCUGCGGGCGGGAUCAGGGUCUGGGGGCCGCGCUCAGCCCCCUGCCCCCGCGAGCCCCCCUGCCCCGGGUACCACCCUCCCUGGCGCCCCCUCCCGGCCGCCCCCGCCGCGCCGCGGCCCCUGGAGCGUCUUCCGCGGCUCCUGGGAGGAGGGGACGUUGCCUAAUCUCAGCCCGGGGUUAAAGUUCUGGUCCUGGUGAGAUGCUGGAAGCUGCGGCCGGAGCCGUCGCCCGUCCCGGAGGAGUCGUGUCGCCCGCCGCCGCCGCCCUCCCGGGGCCAUGUUCGCGCUGGGGUUGCCCUUGCUGGCGCUCUGGGUGGCCGCAGCCGACAGCCACCUGGGGGCCCUGGGGCCCAAGAACGUGUCGCAGAAGGACGCCGAGUUUGAGCACACCUACAUGGAUGAUGUCAACAGCGAGCUGGUCAACAUCUACACCUUCAACCACACUGUGACCCGCAACCGGACGGAGGGUGUGCGAGUCUCGGUGAAUGUCCUCAACAAGCAGAAGGAGGCUCCUUUGCUGUUCGUGGUUCGCCAGAAGGAGGCUGUGGUGUCCUUCCAGGUGCCCCUAAUCCUGCGAGGGCUGUAUCAGCGCAAAUACCUUUAUCAAAAGGUGGAACGAACACUAUGUCAGCCCCCCACCAAGAAUGAGUCUGAGGUCCAGUUUUUCUAUGUGGAUGUGUCCACCCUGUCCACAGUCAACACCACAUACCAGCUCAGAGUCAACCGGAUAGAUGACUUUGUGCUCAGGACCGGAGAACAAUUUAGCUUCAAUACUACAGCAGCUCAGCCCCAGUACUUCAAGUAUGAGUUCCCGGAGGGAGUGGACUCUGUGAUUGUCAAAGUCACCUCCAACAAGGCCUUCCCUUGUUCAGUCAUCUCCAUCCAGGAUGUCCUGUGCCCGGUCUAUGACCUGGACAACAAUGUGGCCUUCAUCGGCAUGUACCAGACUAUGACCAAGAAGGCGGCCAUCACUGUGCAGCGCAAAGACUUCCCCAGCAACAGUUUUUAUGUGGUGGUGGUGGUGAAGACUGAAGACCAGGCCUGUGGGGGUUCCUUGCCUUUCUACCCCUUUGUAGAAGAUGAACCGGUUGAUCAAGGGCACCGCCAGAAAACGCUGUCUGUGCUGGUAUCUCAGGCAGUCACAUCUGAGGCUUAUGUUGGCGGUAUGCUCUUCUGCUUGGGCAUAUUUCUCUCCUUCUACCUGCUGACCAUCCUUCUUGCCUGCUGGGAAAACUGGAGGCAGAGGAAGAAGACCCUCCUGGUGGCCAUUGACCGAGCCUGCCCAGAAAGCGGUCACCCCCGGGUCUUGGCUGAUUCCUUCCCUGGCAGCUCCCCUUAUGAGGGUUACAACUAUGGCUCUUUUGAGAACUGUUCUGGAUCCACCGAUGGGCUGAUGGACAGCACGGGCAGUGGAGACCUCUCCUACAGUUACCAGGGGCACGACCGGUUCAAGCGGCGCCUCCCCUUUGGCCAGAUGCGGCAGCUGUGCAUUGCCAUGGAACGUCCGCUUGACCCUGUGGGCACUCGGCCCCGACUGGACUCUCUGAGCUCUGUGGAAGAGGAUGACUAUGACACACUGACUGACAUCGAUUCAGACAAGAAUGUCAUUCGCACCAAGCAAUACCUCUGUGUUGCCGACCUGGCUCGAAAGGACAAACGUGUUUUGCGGAAAAAGUACCAGAUCUACUUCUGGAACAUCGCCACAAUUGCUGUGUUCUACGCGCUCCCUGUGGUACAGCUGGUGAUCACAUAUCAGACGGUGGUGAAUGUCACGGGGAACCAGGACAUCUGCUACUACAACUUCCUCUGUGCUCACCCACUGGGCAACCUCAGCGCCUUCAACAACAUCCUCAGCAACCUGGGGUACAUCCUGCUGGGGCUGCUCUUCCUGCUGAUCAUCUUGCAGCGGGAGAUCAACCACAACCGGGCCCUGCUGCGCAACGACCUCUACGCCCUGGAGUGCGGGAUUCCAAAACACUUUGGCCUGUUCUAUGCCAUGGGCACAGCCCUGAUGAUGGAGGGGCUGCUGAGCGCUUGCUACCAUGUGUGUCCCAACUACACCAACUUCCAGUUUGACACGUCCUUCAUGUACAUGAUCGCUGGGCUCUGCAUGCUGAAGCUCUACCAGAAACGGCACCCGGACAUCAACGCCAGUGCUUACAGCGCCUACGCCUGCCUGGCCAUCGUCAUCUUCUUCUCCGUGCUGGGCGUGGUCUUUGGCAAAGGGAACACAGCCUUCUGGAUCGUCUUCUCGGUCAUUCACAUCAUUUCCACCCUGCUCCUGAGCAUCCAGCUCUACUACAUGGGCCGCUGGAAGCUGGACUCGGGCAUCUGCCGGCGCAUCCUGCACGUGCUAUACACAGACUGCAUCCGGCAGUGCAGCGGGCCCCUCUAUGUGGACCGAAUGGUGCUGCUGGUCAUGGGCAACAUCAUCAACUGGUCUCUGGCGGCCUACGGGCUCAUCAUGCGCCCCAAUGACUUCGCCUCCUACUUGCUGGCCAUCGGCAUCUGCAACCUGCUUCUUUACUUCGCCUUCUACAUUAUUAUGAAGCUCCGGAGUGGAGAGAGGAUCAAGCUCAUCCCCCUGCUGUGCAUCAUCUGCACCUCUGUGGUCUGGGGCUUCGCCCUCUUCUUCUUCUUCCAGGGACUCAGCACCUGGCAGAAAACGCCCGCCGAGUCCCGGGAGCACAACCGUGACUGCAUCCUCCUUGACUUCUUUGACGACCACGACAUCUGGCAUUUCCUUUCCUCCAUCGCCAUGUUUGGGUCAUUCUUGGUGUUGCUGACACUAGAUGACGACUUGGACACAGUGCAGCGUGACAAGAUCUACGUGUUCUAGUGGAGCCAGACCCCUUGCUUCACUUGGACCCUGAGCCCCAAGCCGCACUGCCCAGAGCCUCUGGACUGCGGGCAGGGGCGUGAGUCCCAGUGCACUCGCUGCCUGGUGCUGGGUGGCAGUGGGACAUCGAGGCUUUGCCCAGACUUGGUAUGAGAGAGUCCUGGAGGUGACCUUGAGCCUUGCAGCUACCUGAUGCCAAGGAGGAGGACUGCUCCCCCGAAGCCCCAGACGUUGGCCAAAUUGCUGCUUUCUUCUCAGUGUUGGGACCUCUGUGGUCCCCUUCCGUUGGCUCUCCUUUGCCCCUAUACAGGAGGAAGGAGGAAAGUGUUGCCCUGCCCAUCUCAUGCCUUGCAUUCUGCCUGUCCUCCCCCACCCCUCAGCAUGGGCCUAGAGCCCCUGCUUCCUCCCAGACUCCAGAGUCCUGAUCUGGGCCCUGAUCCUCUGUCCUUCAGUAGGGUCCGCACUGUGAUUCAGGGUGGUCCCUGGCUCGCCAGGAAGGAAGUGUAGAGAUGUAGGAAUCUGGGGCUGGCCGGCCAGUGCCAGUCUUUUGGUGCUAAGGCCUGCGAGGGGGCCCUGGGAAGUGCUGCCUCCCCCUCUGACCUAUGCUCAGGGCUGGCUCUCCAACAGUGAGAAGCCACCCCAUGUGAGAGAGCCGCCCCGAGGGGCUGAAUUCAGAGGUCACCUUCCAUCCCAUCAGCCUCUGAGCUGAUGCUGGCACCAGUACUGGAGGGUAAAAGCAGCUCGCCUGUCUCCUUCCUUUUUCUCUCCAGGCCCUUAGUCCUGCCAAGCCCCAGGGGGGGCCUUUCAGUGCCAUUGACACCGCCCAAGAAUGACCAGGGCCAAAGGAGGGGGUACAAAGAGCCCGGUCCGUCCUGCCACCUCCACAGCUGCAGGAGCCCCAGUGCCUAUUUUAGGGGCCUAAGGAAGGGACGUGCUGUGCCCUCCGCCCCCAGCCCCAGCCUCACUGUAAGACCCAGUGCUGGCUUCUGUUUCCGUCCAGUUUCAGCCAACUUCUGUGCUAGUUACGCACAAAACCUUGGAGUUUACAGAGUUGCUCCAGCUCGGGCCUCUCGGGCUGCUCUGGGCCUAGGAGCCCCUUCACCCUGCCAGGUCCAUGCCAGAUGCCAGGGCCCGGGAUGUCGGGAAUUGAGCCUCAGCUGCCUCGGGGCCGGGGAGUGCAUUUUCUUCCCCCACCUGUUUUUAUAGCUCUCUGGGGGCUAGGGAGUGAGGAUGGGUCUGGAUCAUUUUCCAGAAUUCCAUUUAAUGUCUGUUUCCAUGCUAUGGUUGCAUUUCUGUUUUCUAUGAAUGAGUCUGCAUUCAAUUAAAGAAACAACCAGACGCA